AUGUCAGGGUCUCCCUUCGGCGCGCCAAACGGCCAGCAACGAACAGAUCGCAUGCACGUUGAUACCCGUCUGGUCCAUGCCACAUGCUCCAGCAACACGCCAACUACCAUUGCCUACGCCACCCCACAAGACCUGACUCCAUUUAGUGCUGUGUCAAGCUUCAACUAUCCCGCUACGGCAGACUCAACUCUUCUCACUCCGGUCUCCGGUCCUGGUUCGCCGCCGAUUCAGCAAACAGCGCAAAAACAACUGCGCCAGACCUAUCACCCAUCCACUUCUAGUGCCCAACAACCGACACCGCCUGGAAGCAGCAGAAUGUUCUACGGACCAUACGACAUGGGCGUGUCCAGCCAGGCAUCCUCGCCCAUAAAUACCAUCCAUGCCCAGCCCGAGAGUCAUUUCGACAUUGCCUACAUGGGCGGGGCGUCUCCGAAGGACAGUGCACCCGUCCCUUACUACGGCCACUAUGGGGUUUCUGAACCAGCGACCGAGUCCGAGUAUCCUGCCCCUGGCCAGACCAACAAUUAUCAAGGCUACGUCGGUGUUGAGCCCAGCUUCUUCCUCAAAGCAAAUCCGGACUCGCCCCUUUCCGGUAGAAAUGGCAUUGUUAGCACCACUGCAGGGCCGACAAAUGCACCUAUCCUCGCUGAGCCGCAGCCUUCCAUGCUCAGAAACCCUCGUCCCUCAACCAUCCAAGAACUCAGAGAUCCUACCAUGCUGCAACCGAUAGCCCCAGGACGCCCAGGGCAGACUCUCCGAAGCACUGCCGCAGAUAAAGACGCAAAGAAGACAAGAGAGCGAAGUAAGAAAUCAAAAGGCAGUUCCCGUGCUCCCAAGCCGCCGAGCGUUCACUCGAGCUCUAGUCAUGUCCCACGGCCUGUGCAGGGCGCGGUGCCGCAGCUGAUGCUUAGUGACAAGGCAAGCGAGGAAGAGAGGUACCUGUUCGAUCUCAGAAAGAAACUCGUGGACGAGAAGGGUAAAGGAAUGUGGGACCAGUUGAAGAGUGGCUACGAGAAGCGCUUUGGGUGCACAAAGGAAAAGGCAGCCCUGCAGAUGAAAAUCUCACGGGCCGUCUGCAAGCAUGCGAUCUGGCCCGAAGGCGAGAAGGACAUACUAAGACAGGCUUUCUUUUACGAAGAAGAACGUCGCUACGCACGCAUAAUCGCGAGGAUGAAGGAACUCGGCGGUGCGCAAAUCUGGGAGUGGAAACCACAACACAUCGAGUCUCAACUAGUCAAAAUGGGUCUCGAAGAACCAACGAUGGACGAGGCAACAAAGCUCCGCCGCCGUAAUCGUUUAGCGCAACGAAAGCGAGCCGCUCAGCAACAGCAUCAACACAACGCAAUGAUGAGCUGGGGAAGACCCGUCGACAUGCCGCAUGCUCAGUACCCCUUUCCUCACCAUAUGACAGCUCCCCCAACUACUUAUGAAGUCAUACCUGGGACGACGAUGGCACUCUCGGACGAGCCAGAAUACACCACGGAGCAGGAAGACCAAGUUCUUGACCAACUCGACCGCAAGUACGCAAUCAAGGAAGAGAGCCACUCGCCAGCUUUUACUUCCACCCCAGAGAUGAUGGACAUGACCUACACGAGGAGCGAUAUGGGCCAUUCCCAACACGUAGGCAGUCACCAGAGCGAGCGAGUAGCUCGUCAAGCCUGUGAGCAACUGAUUGCUCAUUCCAGGCUUCAGAACAGACCGUUUGCGCCAUCCGGAUAG